AUGAUCCCAUCAAAUCUCAAACACAUACCGCGUUCGCUUUCCAAGAGCUCGUCACCAUUCUCCAGAGCCAUCUCAAUAUCUAUAUCUACAUCCUCUCCAAUGCCAGCGAUACUACAUUCAAGGAGACAAUUCGCCAGUACCGCUUCAAAGAAAGAUCAAAAUCGGAUAUAUUCUCCAAUCCGCUACCCCCCCGACCUAUCAACCUACAUUAGUCUUUCCACCUCAACCUCCAAACCCCUUCUCACCCUCUGGACCACAAGCUACUGCUCCACCUGCAAAACGCUCUCUCCUCUCCUGCACCAAAUCCUCGAAUCGGGAGUGGGGGAAAAAGAAGGAGGAGUGCUGUUUGCGGAGGUGGAAUAUGAUGCCCCGGAUAUUAUGAAUGAGGGGUUGGGAAUGAGGUAUUUGGUCAGGAGUGUACCGAGUUUGGUGGGGUUUUGGAGGGGGGAGGUGAUGGGGGAAGGGGAAGGGGGAAGGUUAGGGAGUAGAGAGAUUGCGGAGUUGGGGAGAGAGGGGUUAGAAGAGUGGAUUAGGGGGGCGGCAAGGAGAGGGAGGGAGUGGAGAGAGGGGCAUCCGGGGGGAGAGGGACUUUUUGGGGGGUUGUGGAAGGGGUGGGGGAAAUGA